CCGUUCGACGCAUGCAGCAGAUGGCCGGUCAGAUGGGCAUCUUCAAUCCGAUGGCCCUGCAGUUUGGAGCGUACGGCGCCUAUGCACAGGUUCAACAGCAGGCAGCACUGAUGGCAUCAGUGGGUCAGGGAGGAUAUCUCAGCCCUAUGGCGGCUUUUGCUGCCGCACAGAUGCAACAGAUGGCCACCAUCAACGGCCUCCCAGGGGCUCCCAUGACCCCAACAUCAGGUGGAAGCACGCCCCCUGGCAUCACAGCUCCCACGGUGACCAGCAUUCCAUCUCCAAUUAGUGUCAACGGUUUCACAGGGCUGCCUCCUCCUCAGGCCAACGGCCAGGCCCCAGCGGAGGCCAUGUUUACCAAUGGGAUCCAUCCUUACCCAGUUUUGCAGGAAGUGGUGUUUAGGGAAGACUCGGAGAAGGGCGGCCUGGGCGUGGCACAGAGAAGUUGUUUUGGGGUUCAGGGAAGCUGCUUCCUGUCGUCUCUCUCAGAAGCUCAGAGUCCCACUGCAGCAGACCCCCUACAGCAGGCCUACGCUGGAGUCCAACAAUAUGCAGCAGCCUUCCCCGCUGCAUAUGGACAGAUCAGCCAGGCCUUUCCCCAGCCACCUCCCAUCAUCCCUCAGCAACAGAGAGAAGGGCCGGAGGGCUGUAACCUGUUUAUUUAUCACCUCCCUCAGGAGUUUGGGGACGGCGAGCUGAUGCAGAUGUUCCUGCCUUUCGGCUUUGUGAGCUUUGAUAACCCGGGCAGCGCUCAGGCUGCCAUCCAGUCCAUGAACGGCUUUCAGAUCGGCAUGAAGAGACUCAAAGUGCAGCUGAAGAGGCCAAAGGACGCCAACCGCCCAUAUUAGCCCCGUCCCUCCCCCCAGCCACCCCUGACCCUGGGGUUGAAGGCCGCCGCUACGCACAGGGAAGAACAGGUUUUGUAGAGCUGGAACACAUGUUGAAAACAUGCCAACUGUAUUUGAAAACACAACAGAUCAAGAUCAUCGGGGCUGGGGAUACAGUACAGCUGAAGAGGGACAUGAGGAAAACGUAGCCGCAUGAUAUACCACCACCACCAGGCUCAAUGGAUCUUUUUGGACUUCAGUGUUUAACUCAGGGGAGCCGCGGGGUUACUGGACCAUACCGUACUCCCUUCUUCGAACCCACGAACCCUUAUUUUGCAGGACUGCAGAAUACACUACUGAAGACCAACACAAAAAAUAUAUAUAUUUAAAAAAAGAAAACCAAUGUAAGUCCUCAAAAGGCUCUGAAUCUAUGAAUAAGUAGUACGGGGAAAAAACACUUUUUACAACUAAGAUAGACUUUUAGAUGGGAAUCAUGUAAUAUUGAACACGUCUUUGGGAAAACUUUUUAAAGAACUGUUUUAGAAACCAACAAAAUGGAUUAAAAAAAAAACUUGAAAGACAACUUUUUGGAAGGAUGUGACAAUUCAGGACAAGAACUUGCUUCGACUCGGGAUGGUCAACUUUUUUUCUUGGAGUGCCUGUCCGUUUCCAGGGGCAACGGCUGCCACAAACCGCAGCCUCCGUCCGCUGGGAGACUUACCUGUCAUUCCUUAGUUGUGUAGGGACCAAAUGACCAAACCUUUUUAUCACAAAUGAAACAGAAAAAAAAAAACAGUACCUGUAACAUAAUCGGACCACUGCAUCUCUUGCUGUGCCAAUCGGUUUAAGAGUU